AUGGACUCGGACGAUUUGUUCUCUUUUUUGCAGCCUUCUGCGACAGAACCUGUUUCUGGUCAGUAUAUGGCCGACAUGGAGGCCACGACUGGUCCAUCAGAGAAUGCGCGCAAGCGCAAGGCGAGCUCUCCACCUCCUUCCUCCCCGUUGCCAAUUAAUGUGAACGUAUCUUCAAUAUCCGACAUUCCUGCGAGCGGUUCUUCUCAGAAAAAGCUGCGCCAGGCUUCACCGAAUCCAAUUGUGCUAGAUGAAGUUGAGAUAGAAGCGAAGCAAGAUGUCACCGCCAGUGGAGGUUUCCAAGGGGCAGUUGAUGAGGGCUCAUGGAUUCAGAUCCGCCAUCAGGUCCGCCAUCAAGUCGCGGUUCCUCCAGGAUAUUCAUACAUCCCUAUUGCCGAACACGUACCCCCUAUCAAACCGGCUCGGGAAUACAAGUUCACCUUGGAUCCAUUUCAGCAAGUAUCGGUGUCGGCCAUCGAGCGUAACGAGAGCGUCCUCGUUUCUGCACAUACUAGUGCUGGCAAGACGGUGGUCGCUGAGUACGCUAUCGCCCAGUGUCUCCAGAAUAAGCAAAGGGUCAUUUAUACUAGUCCAAUAAAGGCAUUGAGCAAUCAGAAGUAUCGAGAUCUACAAGCCGAGUUCGGAGAUGUAGGCUUGAUGACUGGCGAUAUUACCAUAAAUCCAUCUGCUUCAUGUCUCGUUAUGACGACUGAGAUCCUACGAUCCAUGCUGUAUCGGGGCUCCGAGAUAAUGCGCGAGGUUGCUUGGGUCAUAUUCGACGAGAUACAUUACAUGCGCGAUAAGGAGCGUGGCGUCGUUUGGGAGGAGACUAUCAUCCUUCUCCCAGAUAACGUGCGCUACGUUUUCCUCUCAGCGACCAUUCCAAACGCUAUGCAGUUCGCAGAAUGGAUCUGCAAGUCGCACGAUCAGCCAUGCCACGUUGUAUACACAGAUUUCCGUCCCACUCCUCUUCAGCACUACCUCUUCCCCUCCGGUGGUAAAGGAAUCUACCUUGUGGUGAACGAGAAGGGAGAGUUUCGAGAAGAUAAUUUCAAUACCGCCAUGGGGAUGAUACAGCAACGGCAGGGCGAGGAUCCUGCUGAUCCUAGAGGCGGAAAGUCUCGGAAAGGGAAGUCUCGGAAAGGGAGCGAGAAAAGGGAGCCCACAGAUACACAGAAGAUUGUGCAAACGAUCAUGACCAAGCAUUACGAUCCUGUCAUCGUCUUUGCCUUCAGCAAGCGAGAAUGCGAGGGGCUCGCACUCACGAUGUCGAAAUUCGACCUGAACAAUACCAAAGAGCAGGAAAGUGUGGCCACCGUUUUCGCAAAUGCUGUUGAUGUCCUGUCUACAGAUGAUCGUGCAUUGCCGCAGAUCACAAACAUCCUCCCACUGCUUCGUCGUGGCAUUGGAAUCCACCACGGAGGACUUCUUCCGAUUCUGAAGGAGGUCGUGGAGUUGCUUUUCCAAGACGGCCUGAUCAAAGUUCUCUUUGCAACGGAAACGUUCUCCAUAGGCCUCAACAUGCCCGCCAAGACUGUCGUCUUCACGGCUGUACGCAAGUUUGAUGGGCAUGAAUUCCGUAACAUCUCAUCUGGCGAAUACAUACAAAUGUCGGGACGCGCUGGUCGUCGAGGACUGGACGAUCGUGGUAUCGUCAUCUUGAUGUGCGACGAGAAGCUCGAGCCCGCGGAUACCAAAAACAUGAUCAAAGGUCAAGCAGAUCGCUUGGAUUCUGCCUUUCAUCUUGGGUAUAAUAUGAUUUUGAACCUGAUGAAGGUGGAGGGUAUCAGUCCGGAGUACAUGCUGGACCGAAGCUUUUUACAGUUUCAGAGCUGUGCUCGGGUACCGAUUCUGGAAGAAGAGCUACAGAAGGAAUACGAUCGGAAGGACACGAUGACCAUACUGGACGAGCCGCUAGUGGCAGAGUACUAUGAGUACAGGCAGCAAUUGGACCAGCUGGCUGCUGAUUUCAGAGCUGUGAUCACGCAUCCCACUUAUAGCAUACCUUUCCUCCAGCCAGGACGACUGGUGAAGGUCAAGCAUAAGCAAGACGAUUUUGAUUGGGGAGUCGUCAUCAACUAUCAGAAGCGAACGAACCAAUCGGGACGCACCUUCGAGGAACUGCCUGCUCACGAACAAUACAUCGUCGAUGUUCUUCUUACUUGUGAUGACGGGUCAGAGGUAUCAAAGGAUCGCACGGCGCUGUCCAUUUCCAGCCGCGUUCGACCUACACGCCCUGGUCGUUGUGGUGUGCCAUUGGUGGUGCCAGUGUUGCUCUCCACGUUGGACUCUAUCAGCAGAUUGCGUAUCUAUCUGCCGAAGGACUUAAGGUCGUUACAAGCCCGAGAAUCUGUCUACAAGAGCAUUCAGGAGGUUCACCGAAGAUUCCCCGAUGGGAUUCCUCUUCUUGAUCCGAUUGGCGACAUGCAAAUUACCGACGAGAAGUUUAAGAUUCUAGUGAAGAAAAUUCAUGCCAUGGAGGGCAGAUUAUACUCUAGCAAGCUUCACGGUGAUAGCCGUCUUCCAGACUUGUACACUCUCUAUGCCGGGAAGGUGCAAUGCCAAGAGCGCAUUCGCGAGCUGAAGAAGAAUAUACAAGCCACAAGGGACGUUGUACAGAUGGAAGAACUGAAGAGUCGCAAACGCGUGCUGCGUCGUCUUGGAUUCAUUACGUCAUCCGACACUGUUGACACGAAGGGUCGUGUUGCAUGCGAAAUCAGCACCGGCGAUGAAAUACUACUUACAGAGCUCAUUUUCAAUGGCGUUUUCAACACUUUAUCUCCGGAGCAAUGUGCCGGUUUGUUGAGUUGUUUUGUGUUUACGGAAAAGAGCGAACAGGUCACGAAGCUCGGACAGGAGUUGGCACAGCCGCUUCGUGUCAUGCAGGAGAUUGCGCGACGUAUCGCAAAAGUAUCUAUCGAAUCCAAGCUUACCAUGGUUGAAGACGAAUAUGUACAGUCCUUCAAGGUAGAGCUCAUGGAUGCGGUGGUACAAUGGUGCCGUGGUGCUUCUUUUGCGGAGAUUUGCAAGCUCACCGACCAAUUCGAGGGUAACAUCAUCCGCGUGUUCCGACGCCUACAGGAGCUGAUCCGGCAAAUGAGCCAAGCAGCCAAAGCCAUCGGCAACCUUGAACUCGAGGAGAAGUUUGGGAAAGCAUCGGAGAUGCUGGAGCGGCCCAAUUCUGUUAUCUUCUGUUCCUCUUUGUAUCUGUAG